AUGUCAUCACCAUCAUCUCAAACAGUGUCGCCACCACCAUCAUCAUCGUCAUUAUAUCGUUCAAAUGAACUUGUUAACUUGACUACGGCUUCGCAAUUCACGUCGAAUUCAACAAGCUUUGCACCACUUCAUCGAACAGUCGAGGUCGAAAAUCUUCACGAUCAUAUCGAUGAUAAUAAUGAGCAACAGCCACCCACAGCGUCGAAGAAAGUUUUGACAAAGUGUAUGACUGUUAUUGGAGAUGGAAGUGACAAGCAAAUUUCUUAG